UACAGAGACACUUGUCAUCAGGAAGGUUCUCUCUCAACACAACGGAAAAUAUCUCAAUGACUUGACAUGUUCUGGUUGUGAAUUCAGACUACAAGGGGUCAGUGCUCUAAAAUGAGUCUCUCUGGGGAGAGAGAGGAGGGGGGCCCUGCCUCUAAAAUGAGUCUCUCUGGGGAGAGAGAGGAGGGGGGCCCUGCCUCUAAAAUGAGUCUCUCUGGGGAGAGAGAGGAGGGGGGCCCUGCCUCUAAAAUGAGUCUCUCUGGGGAGAGAAAGAAGGGGGGCCCUGCCUCUAAAAUGAGUCUCUCUGGGGAGAGAGAGGAGGGGGGCCCUGCCUCUAAAAUGAGUCUCUCUGGGGAACAUGACACCAAAGCUAAGAGCCCAAUCAAGCAGGAGAGACCAGCCUCCCCUGUUCCCAGCUGUGUGUCCAUGAAGAGUGACUGGUCUAUGAUGCAACCUAUACAGUUUAGAGAGGAAGACUUUUCUACUGAACAAAGAAACCAACAGGAGAGAUCAGAGUCAGAGAUUCUCAGUGGUCAGUCUUCCCAGAGUCAUCAAACAGACCUGGCCUCCAUAUUCAGAUUGCUUGAACAGAAUAUUAUGACAUUUGUGAAGAACGAGCUGAAGAUGUUCAAGAGGAUUCUUAGUCCAGAACUCCCAGAAGGCUUUGAGAGUCAGAAGCAGGAUAAGGAAGUGGUGGAUGCUGAAGAUGAGCAGCAGGAGAGCAGUGCCAGAGAGGGGGCUCUGAAGAUCACACUGCACAUCCUGAGGAAAAUGAACCAGAAGGAGCUUGCUGACACACUGGAGAAAUAUGAGCUUGCUGUGAUUUGCCAACGUGAACUCAAAUCUAAUCUAAAGAAGAAGUUUCAAUGUGUAUUUGAGGGGAUCGCUAAACAAGGAAACCCAACACUUCUCAAUAAGAUCUACACAGAGCUCUACAUCACAGAGGGUGGAACAGGAGAGGUCAAUAAUGAACAUGAGCUGAGACAGAUUGAGACAACAACCAGGAAACAAGCAAGACCAGAGACUGCAAUCAAAUGUAAUGACAUCUUCAAACCCUUAACUGGACAAGACAAACCUAUCAGAACUGUGUUGACAAAGGGAGUCGCUGGCAUUGGAAAAACAGUCUCUGUGCAGAAGUUCAUUCUGGACUGGGCUGAAGGAAAAGCAAAUCAGGAUGUCCAAUUUGUAUUUUCAAUCCCUUUUCGGGAGCUGAAUUUGAUGAAAGAGGACAAACACACUUUCAUUGAACUUCUCAAUCACUUCUCAAUGGAAACCAAACAAUCAAGAAUCUCCAUCUACAACAAGUACAAAGUUCUGUUCAUCUUUGUUGGUCUGGAUGAGUGCCGACUGCCCCUAGACUUCCAGAAGAACAAGAUCUGUUGGGACGUCACAGAGUCAACCUCAGUGGAUGUUCUGCUGACAAAUCUCAUCAGGGGAAAUCUGCUUCCCUCUGCUCUCCUCUGGAUAACUACCCGACCUGCAGCAGCCAAUAAGAUCCCUUCAGGGUGUGUUGACCAGGUGACAGAGGUACGAGGGUUCAAUGACCCACAGAAGGAGGAGUACUUCAGGAAGAGAUUCAGUGAUGAGGACCUGGCCAGCAGAAUCAUCUCACACAUAAAGACAUCAAGGAGCCUCCACAUCAUGUGCCACAUUCCAGUCUUCUGUUGGAUUUCUGCAACAGUCCUUGAACACAUGCUGAAACAUAAGAGAGAAGAGAUGCCCAAGACUCUGACUGAGAUGUACACACACCUUGUGGAGUUUCAUACCAAACAGAAGAAUGAAAAGUAUCUUGGGAAAGAAGGGACAGGUCCACACUGGAAUAAAGAGAGCAUUCUGAAAACUGGGAAAACUGGCUUUUCAACAGCUUGUGAAUGGCAAUCUGAUUUUCUAUGAAGAAGA